AUGAAGCUGCCCCUGGCCCUAGCAGGGCUCCUGGCCAGUCUGGCCACGCUCCAGCCCUCUGGGGGUGCCACUCCAGCUGUCCCGAGGGAAGUGGAGACCUCGGUGGUGCUGACCUGCAUGGAGGAGGCCAAGCGGCUAGUGGACAAGGCCUACAAGGAGCGGCGGGAAAGCAUCAAGCAGCGCCUUCGCAGUGGCUCGGCCAGCCCCAUGGAACUGCUGUCCUACUUCAAGCAGCCAGUGGCAGGCACCAGGACAGCUGUGAGGGCUGCUGACUACCUGCACGUGGCCCUAGGCCUGCUGGAGAGGAAGCUGCGGUCCCUGUGGCCAGGCCCUUUCAACGUCACAGAUGUGCUGACGCCUGUCCAGCUUAAUCUGCUUUCCAAGACUAGUGGCUGCGCCUACCAGGACCUGGCGGUGAGGUGCCCAGAGAAGGACAAGUACCGAACCAUCACCGGCCAGUGCAACAACAGGCGCAGCCCCACACUGGGGGCCUCCAACCGGGCCUUUGUGCGCUGGCUGCCGGCGGAGUACGAGGAUGGCUUCUCCCUGCCUUUUGGCUGGACGCCCGGGGUCAAGCGCAAUGGCUUCCAGGUGCCCCUGACUCGCGCUGUCUCCAACGACAUCGUGCGCUUCCCCACGGAUCAGCUGACCCCGGACCAGGAGCGCUCGCUCAUGUUCAUGCAGUGGGGCCAGCUGCUGGACCAUGACCUCGACUUCACCCCGGAGCCAGCCGCCCGCGUCUCCUUCCUCACUGGCCUCAACUGCGAGAUCAGCUGCCUGCAGCAGCCGCCCUGCUUCCCACUCAAGAUCCCCCCCAAUGACCCCCGCAUCAAGAACCAACGUGACUGCAUCCCCUUCUUCCGCUCCUGCCCGGCCUGCACAGGGAGCAACAUCACCAUCCGCAACCAGAUCAACGCGCUCACCUCCUUCGUGGACGCCAGCAUGGUGUACGGCAGCGAGGACCCCUUGGCCAUGAGGCUGCGCAACCAGACCAACCAGCUGGGGCUGCUGGCCGUCAACACCCGCUUCCAAGACAAUGGGCGGGCCCUGCUCCCCUUCGACACCCUGCACAAUGACCCCUGCCUCCUCACCAACCGCUCCGCGCAAAUCCCCUGCUUCCUGGCAGGGGACUCCCGCUCGAGUGAGAUGCCUGAGCUCACCUCCAUGCACACACUAUUACUGCGGGAGCACAACCGGCUGGCCACAAAGCUCAAGCGCCUGAACCCCCGCUGGGAUGGAGAGAGGCUCUACCAGGAAGCCCGGAAGAUCGUGGGAGCCAUGGUCCAGAUCAUCACUUACCGGGACUACCUGCCCCUGGUGCUGGGGCCAGAGGCCAUGAGGAAGUACCUGCCCAAGUACAGAUCCUACAAUGACUCGGUGGACCCUCGCAUCGCCAAUGUCUUCACCAACGCCUUCCGCUAUGGCCACACCCUCAUCCAACCCUUCAUGUUCCGCCUGGACCAUCGGUACCAGCCUAUGCAGCCCAACCCCCGUGUUCCGCUCAGCAGGGUCUUUUUUGCCAGCUGGAGGGUAGUGCUGGAAGGUGGCAUUGACCCCAUCCUCCGGGGCCUCAUGGCCACCCCUGCCAAGCUGAACCGCCAGAACCAAAUCGUGGUAGAUGAGAUCCGGGAGCGGUUGUUUGAGCAGGUCAUGAGGAUCGGGCUGGACCUGCCCGCUCUGAAUAUGCAGCGCAGCCGGGACCAUGGCCUCCCAGGGUACAAUGCCUGGAGGCGCUUCUGCGGGCUCCCGCAGCCCAGCACAGUGGGCGAGCUGGGCACGGUGCUGAAGAACCUGAACCUGGCGAGGAAGCUAAUGGCCCAGUAUGGCACACCUGACAACAUCGACAUCUGGAUGGGCGGCGUGGCUGAGCCCUUGAAGAGCAAAGGCCGUGUGGGCCCGCUUCUCGCCUGCCUCAUCGGGACCCAGUUCAGGAAGCUGCGGGACGGCGAUCGGUUUUGGUGGGAGAACAAGGAUGUGUUCAGCACGCAGCAGCAGCGGGCCCUGGCCAAGAUCUCCUUGCCCCGCAUCAUCUGCGACAACACAGGCAUCACUGUCGUGUCCAAGAACAACAUCUUCAUGUCCAACACAUUCCCUCGGGACUUUGUCAACUGCAGUACACUCCCUGCCUUGGACCUGGCUCCCUGGAGGAACAGGGACUAGAGGCUGGGUGUUGAAGAAGAGGGUGUGCAGCGGGAGCUCUGGUUCUGGACCCCAUGGCUGAUAAUUCUCAUCCAGGCGGGACAUAGUGGAGGGGACCUCCAAGUGGCCAAAGCGGAAGGCAAAGGUGAAGACAUUGGAGAUUCGGGGAUCCACAGAUUUGUUAUAGCCUCGGUAUGGAGGGAUCCACUUCUGCAUCUCAUCAC